GGGGGGAGAGGAGAAGGAAGCAGAACUUCAGAGAGUAGAGAUGCUCUGAACACUGACAGCCUGAUGCCUGGUUGAGUGCUUUAAACAGUCGGUUCCGACCCAGAGGAAGGUUCUGAUUCCACGUGGGUUUGAAGUUGGACACUUGGCUGUACAGGUGAGGACCUGGAUCACCUGGACCAGAUGGACCCUCUGCUGCCCGCAGACCCGGACAUGAUGGAGCGAGAGUCUGACCAGGAGGCGAGGAAGAAGAUCCAGUUCUCCGUCCCAUCGCCGGUGGCUCUGCAGCUGGACCCGCGACAGGUGGAGCUGAUUCGACGACGAAGGCCGACACCUGCCACUCUUUUCAGACUGACGGACCAGCCGUCACCAGAGGAGGACAGCGGCCCACAUCAGUGGGUUUUGGGAGAAAAUGGAGCUUUAAAAGCCAAACUGGUUCACAUGUCAACUUACCAGCCACCGUCCCUUAAAGCCGUGCAGAUGAUGGCCCAGGCUCAUUUAUCCUCCUUAAACUUGAAGUCGGACGACAGUGGGGAGCCCUCUUCUGGAGAGGAAGAGGAGCAACAUGAUGAUGAUGACGAUGAUGAUGAGGAGGAGGAGGAAAAGCAGCAGACAGCCUCGGCCACAUAUGAUUCAGGAGAAGCGAGUGAACCACUCAGGGAUCCACGCGAUCUGCCGGACAGUUCAUGUGCAGACGCCACUCUUCAUCAUGAUGACCAGGAUACGGCUACAAGGAGAGAGGGAGAAAAGGGAGACAGAGAAAAUUAAAAGGAGCUKACUGAGAAAGUUUGUAAUGAACUGCCCUGUACGACUCGUGCAGGAAACCUGAUUGUGUGCAUGGGUGUACUUAAUGAGUUUGUCUAGACCUGAAGGUGUGCAUCUGCAUGACGUGAGGGAAAAGAGGGAGAAGAAAACAAAUGAUCGUUGAGAAAGAAUAUAAAUGAGCAGGUGUGGGCAAACGUUUAACCUGAGACUCGUGAAGGAAAUCGUAUCUCAGGCAGCCAAGAGAAGCCUGGAAAUAUAUUCCAGAUUUACUAUAGAAACAGCCACAAAACAGUUCCUUAAAUGGAAAUGAUUUCACUUUAACUUUCACAAGUUGAAUUUGAAAUUCACAGCUUGUAAAAGGGAAAAGAGCUUGUCUCGCUAUGCACACAUUCUUCCUUCGUGUUUUUUUUUCCUGGUCAAAAACUCUAAAUAGAUGCAAAUGUAGGAAAUAGAUGCACUUUAUUAAUAAUGAUGAUGAAUUAAUAAAGGCUUAGCAUUCCUCAAAAGGAUGCAUGUCUCCUGCUGCCUUUCAUGCCAAAGUUUUAAACCAACAAUGUUAUGAUGAGAAGAGACAAAGAUGUACAGUACUUAUAUAUUUUGGUCAAACCUUGGAAAAAAUGUUAUCUUGUGAUAUUUUUGAGAUCUGGUGAAUUAGAGUGCUCAGAGAAUAUCAUGCGGACGACGCUCAGCUACACCAAAUUUAGCUCUGUUUCAAACUGACAAUCAUAGCCAUUUUUUUUGUUCAGGCUACAGAAUUGAAUGCGAGAGCUGCACGAUGUUUUAAUGUUUCUCCUCAAGGUCAAUGAAAGAUAAAGAGGAUGGAUUACAAAUGAGUUCACCCAACUAAUCUCUGUAAUGCAACCCUGUUUUCCCUGUUUAAUAUUAUAAACGGACGUUUGUGUAACCUGGUAAUUAGCGAGGGUUAUCUGGAGUGGACAGCACAUAAACUGAAGUAACUGAAAGACACAAAACCAGGGAUAAGAGUAAAAGUUUAAUCAUAAAUCAAGGUUUUCUUUCUUAAUAAAAUGACUCAAAAAGA